AUGGACGAGAUUCGUGAAGACCUGUACGAGAUCCUGGGGCUCGAGCCCGCGUCCGACGAGCGCCAAGUCGCUCGAGCUUACAAGAGAAAGUCCAUUUUGCAUCAUCCUGACCGUGGCGGAGACGUGACGAAAUUUCUCGAGUUGACCCGCGCUCGUGAUAUUUUGUUGGACCCGAAGAAAAAAGAGGCCUAUGACAAGAAAUUGUCGCACGAACUACUGGCCAAGAAGCAGCAGCGGGAACGAGAGGCAGAGCUCGAUGGCAAGCGCCGGCAAAUGCGAGAUGAGCUCUUGAGGAAGGAGCAGAAGUAUGAGCGCACUAGGAAGCCCAGUGUGACACAACAAAAGACAGAGCUGACGAGACUUCGGGAGAAGGCUCUGGCACGCCAACGAGACUUGCAGGAUCGUCUAGCACGGGAAGCCAAACGGCAGUCUGAGCGAAGACAGAGUCAGGAAGUUUCAGGCGCGCCGAAGUCCCAGCGUACUGUGACGUUCAAGUGGGAUAAAAAGCGGUGUUCCCACUCGGACGACACGCUCAGUCGAGAGCUCCGGUCGUAUGGUGAGAUCAAGGCUAUCAGGCUGAAAACGUCCUCAGCAAAAGUUGAGUUCAGUGAAGCGGCUUCGGCUGCCAAAGCUGUCCGGGUCGAAGCGCACAAAAGCUGCUGGCGGGAAGUGUCAAUCCAAGGUCAUAUUGUCGAGACAGAUGGGUUUACGUCUACCGAAGAUCAGCCAGCAACAACUUCGGGAUGCAACGUGCCGAUGCUACCAGGAGGGCCAAUCUCACUGCAUGAACACCUAGCGUUUGAAAAGUCGGUCCUCGCUGCAUUGCGAGAAAAGGCCAAGUUGCAGCAACAGCAACAACAGCAGACUCCUGUGUGA